AUGUCGACAAGACAAGCGACUCUGGCUUCCGCAGUCGUCGGAUUGCUCGUCUUUUAUCCGACUCUCGUCUGCUUGCAGGCCGUUCCACCGCCAGGACCUACCCAACCGAGCACGGUGCCAAACUGCAACAAGUGGCACACCAUGGUCUCUGGCGACAACUUCACGGACCUCAAUAUCACAACGCCCACGGUGCCGACCGAGGAAUGGCCGCCCAAGAACACACAGGCAGGUCAGCCAUCGUACUGCAACGAUUGGCAUCUCGUUUUGGCGGACGAAUCAUGCCGGGCCAUCGUUCUGCAGCACAACAGCUGCAUGGGCGUCGAGGACUUCUUCCUCUGGAACCCUGCCGUCGCGUCCAACUGCAUGGGUCUCACCUUGUACAAUACAACCCAGAAGCAAAUCUCCAUCGACUUCCUCUCCUUCAGCAACAAUGCCACCGUCCCGCCCAUGGUGACCCCGACGCCCGUGGAGCUGCCGCCUGUCGACAACAACUCUGCGCCCACGCCGGCUCAGACCCAGCCGGACCAGACGUGCCGCGACGUGGUGGCCAAGCACGACAGCAUCACGCAGGCGCAGUUCCUGGCGUGGCAUCCCUUCCUGAACGGCAACUGCGACAACCUGUGGCUUGGCCAUUACUACUGCAUCUUGGUGGAAAGCUUCAUUCCCGAGCCACCUGUCGAGACGAGCACGCCGACGCGCGUCGAGCCCGGCAUCGCGCCUGACUGUCGGGCCUGGUCCCAAGCCAGCGGUCCGACCUGGACCUGCGAGCAGUUUGUACUUAUCUUGGGCCGCUUCUCGCUGUCCGGCUUCAUCAAGUGGAACCCGGCAGUGGGAUCAUCGUGUGGGAACAGCAUCAAGGUCGACUCUUGGCACUGCGUCGCCGUCCCCGGCACUCCUACGACGCGGACCGCGACGUCCACGCCCACCUAG